AUGGCCGAGCCGCUUCCACCCGCGCUCAAGAUCCCCGAGAUCAGCCGCUUCAUCAACCGCGCGAACCAGCUGCGCGCCAUCAAGCCAGCCAUUGCCUACUGGUGCGAAUACCACGCCGUCAACCAAAUCGUCGGCAAGGGCCUCCACCAGGCCGACGACGACAGCUUCAACUUCACGCGCACGCUGCUCGAGCGCCUCGAGACCACAAAGGCCGAGCGCGCCGACGACGACGCCAUUGUCGACAACGACGCCGGGCAGGCCUACGUCGAGCAGUUCGCGCAGGAGACGUUUGCGCGCGCGGAGCGCACCCUGCGCGCCGACCGCGUCACGCGCCAGACGGCCGACACGUUCGACGCCGCGGCCACCUUCUUCGACCUCACGCGCGAGUGGGUGCCGGCCUUGGACGCGGAGACGCUCGCCAAGAUCAAGUUUGCCAAGUGGAACGCCGCGCGCAUCCUCAAGGCCAUCCGCGAGGGCCGCGACCCCAACGAGUCGAAUCCCAAGCAGCCCGAGGCGGCGGCCGCCACUGCUGGUGCCGAGGGGGAGGAUGAUGAAGAUGCAGAGCUGCGUCGCCUCGCAGCACAGGAUCCGGAGGCUCGCGAGCUUGUCAGUCCGCAGCCGCGCGCCGCAACCGUCGAGGACGUGCCCGACGAGGCGGCAGCUCCAUCGUCUGCCGUGCCCCAGCAGCCCUCUCCUCCGGUGCCUCCUCCGCAGGUCCAAGACGGAUACUUUCCCCCGCCACCCCCUCCCGCUUCUUCACAGCCGUCAGCUCCCGCCGAGCCGUUUGUCCCUUCGCCCAUGAGCGCCAGCCCGUCUCCAGCGACGCAGGUCCCUCCGCAGCCCUCACCCCAGAUCCCGACGAAGCUGCCGUCGCAGUUCGCACCACCCCCUCCCGCGCCGCAAGAACCCUCCGCGCCGCCGGCUUGGAGCGCGCCUCCGCCUGUCGUACCGGCCGCACCAGCCCCGGUGCUGACUUCAGCUCCGGCUCCGGCCCCGGCACCUGUACCGACAACGACGAUGCACCACAAGGACCUAAAUCAGGCGCAGAAGCACGCAAAAUGGGCCAUCUCGGCGCUCAAUUUUGAAGACGUGCCGACGGCGGUGCAAGAGCUGCGCAAUGCGCUGGCCAUGCUGGGCGCGCAGUAG